UAGUGGGAGGCAGAAUCCCAGGCUGGCUGGCAUGAAUGAGAGACGGCGGACAGAAAUACCGGCGUGAAAAGCCUCAAACUGGAAUAGUACGGCGGUAGCUAGGCAACGGCCUUGACGCAACCACACACACACACACACACACACGGUGGGAGAGAAGUCCCUUUGAAAAAAAAAUAGAAAUAGAUGCACACACAUUUUUCAAAGCCAAGAGAGACACAGCCAGUGACUUGGUUUAGAGGAGGACUGGAAGCAACAUCAGCAGCAGCACAGCUGAAGAUAUUCAAGUUAGAAAGCCGAGCUUUGAGAGGCAGAGCAAAGCAUUGAAGUCUCACCACUGGAAUAUUAAUGGGGGAUGCCCCUGACACCAUGCAAAUUCUGAUGGCAGUUAACCUCUCCUCUAGCUGGAGGGACUUUCAAGGCUGACUGCAGUCCUCUUGGAUACAUGAACGCUCUUUCCUCGAAGAGAAUCUCGCUGGUUUGCCUCCAAACAUUACAAAGAAAAGGCAAGCUGGAGACAAAUGGUGUCCCGUGUUGCUAAAGGGGGUGUCUUGGACUGAGUGGCUGAGUCCCAACUUCUGAGCAAAGGAAAUUUGGAUCAACUGAUCACUGCAUGGAUGGUCUUGCCUGGAUAUUGGAGCCCUCUGCUAACCUCUUGAUGGAUGUUGAUGGCAUUCUGCCGGAAAGUAAGGUGUCUGCUCCUAAGAUUGAGAUAGAAGAAAUGUUGGACGGUGCAGAUCCUGAGACGGGAGGAGGCGCUCCUCCUGACGACCACUUGCGGAACCUGAAAGCUCUGACGGAGAAACUGAGGCUGGAGACGAGGAGACCCUCCUAUUUGGAGUGGAAGGCCCAGCUGGAGGGGAUUGCAUGGAAAAGCCACCCAGAGCCUUCUGCAGAAGCCAGCCGGGAUGAGAAACCAAUGGGGGAAAGCGUUCCUUUAACAGAGGUGCAAGUUCAUAUCAAUGGAGGCUCUUUGAAAGCGCAAGUUCCGGUGAUGACCCAGGAGAAAAUCAGUGGCUUUGGAAAUAUUGAUGAGGCUCUAAACUGGCUCAGGAAAGAACUGAUGGAAAUGCGUCUCCAGGACCAGCAGCUGGCCCGGCAGCUGAUGCGCCUACGCAGUGACAUCAACAAGCUCAAAAUCGAGCAGACCUGCCACCUCCACCGGCGGAUGCUCAACGAUGCCACCUACGAGCUGGAGGAGCGGGACGAGCUCUCUGACCUCCUGUGCGACUUCCCGCUGACGUCCUCCUUCAGCCUCUCCACCCCACUCAAGCUCAUUGGCGUGACAAAGAUGAACAUCAACUCCCGCCGGUUCUCGCUUUGCUAGAGGGAGGGGAUGGGAGGGCAGAGGGGCAGAAGCGAGCGUGGAGGGUGACCUUGCCGACGCAGAGGAGGAGAAGCUUGCUUGUUCUUUUGCUCGGCAGGGGAAGGCAGGUGAGGUCAGAGGACAAAGAGGGAAGGCGGAGCAGAUCUGGCAAGGGCUCUUCCACCGAUCCAGUACGGCUGGGCGGUGGCGACAGUCACGAUCAUGUUCCCAGAGUGCUUUGCAGGAAAGAUGGAGAAUACAAACAACCAGCUUCCUCAAGGGGAGGCAGAGAGGCUACCCUAACCCAAUACUUUCCUUCAGAUACAGUCUCCCCUCCCCAUGG